UGGGUUUCUCACGCUGCGAAGGCCGGUACGCCACUUCUCCCUCCUUCGCCAUCACUCCACCAAAGGGGUCGGCGGUCCGCCAGCACUCCACCACCACCGCCCGGCCAUCUCCUCUCCAUCUUCCCACCGUCAUUUUCUACCUUCGAUUCCAGCCAACGCCAUCAUUUCCUCCAGUGGCUCUUCGUGAUUUUCUGCCCUGACGCGCCGACACCAUCAUCCAGGCCACGACGGAGUUUCUCUACUUCAGAUCCAAACCGCAACCCUCUUCUCUUCGAGCUAGAAGAUAAGAGGUCCUUCAUAGUCAACAUCCGGCCACGACAUCUCCAAGAUUUGGCCGGCCUAAACAAGCAGUGGUCCUCUUUCGUAGAGCUCUUCACUUCAUGCUCAGCACCGGCUUCCCACAGACAUCUCCGGCCUUCAUCAGAUUCUGAACAGCAAGAUUCUUCUUCAAUGGUCGAUAUGUUGAUUUGCGUGGUUGAUUGUUUGAUGAUUCUGUACUUAAGUUGUUCUCCCAUGUUUUAGAUUUGCAUGUACCCAUGUCAUUUUGAUUCAUGUUCUUAAGGUGUUUGACAAAAUGCUUCUUCCAAUUGUUAGGUUUAAAUUCGUGCACUUUAUUUUUCCAAUAGUCAUUUGAGGAAUCACAGGAGGAGAUCACCAAGGAGUUUGAGGAGAGGAAUAUUGAACUCAAAGCUAAGGCUCUAGAGAUCUAUCAGGCCUCAGAUGCUGAUAUCAAGUUCUGCAUUACUUGUCAAAGUUAAAUUUGAUCGGAAUUCCAUAAAGAACAAGAUUGUCUCAACAAAUUUGGUUGGUUCAUUAAUCCAUAUGAAGUAAUUCAUCUCAUGGAGUUCGAGACAAGGGAGAGCAAAGGAGAGAAAUCAUAGACAUGCAUGCUACUAGCAAGAGGAUAUAUGAAGACAUUAUUGAAAGUAAAAAAAUAUUGAACUUCUUAUCACAAAAAAUGGGAAGAAAAAAAGUUUAUCAAGUAAGGUAGGCAAAGCAAAGAAAAGGAGAAGGUUUGUAAAAUGAUUCAAGAGGUGAAAUAUUCAAAUCAUUUAUAUCUAGGAGGAUCUGAUCCCUAUGAUCAUGAGCGUCGUGAUAGAAUGUAAAGAUUAGAUUACUUAAGGUGAGAUUUAAAAAUUUAUACAUUUGCUUAGAUGAUGUAAAUAUUUAUUUAUCCCAAUGUUAAUUUUAUGAUACUUUUGGAUUAGAAAUUAGUUAUUUUAAAUAUUUAUUUGAAAUGUGUGAGUUUCUUGUAGUAGAUAAGAAUAUAGAAAUAUAAUAUAAUAAAAAAAUAGCAAUAAGUUUAAAAAUAAAAUUAUAUUUAGAUUUAUAAAUAUAAUUAUAAACAGAUUAAAAUUAUUUUUUAUAUGUUAUUUAAAACGGAUUAAUGACGGAUUUAAAACAAAAUUUAGAAACAAAUUUUGUAUUUGAAAUUUAUUUUAUUUGGUUAAUUUAAAAACAGAUUUAGAAAUGACUUUUUAAUCUAUUUCUAAAUUAGAGACGGAAUAUUUCUGUCUCUUGAAUUAGCAAUGGGGCUUUCAAUAACGGAUUUUAGACACGGAAUAUUCUGUCUUAAACUUUUUUUAGAAACGAAAAAGUGAUUUUCAGAAACUGAUUUUUUCAUCUCUGAGGCCCUGUUUUCUUGUAGUGGAGCUGAUACAAUGUUUGGUACGGAACAGCGAUGUGUUUGCAUGGGUCCCCAAGGAAGUUAUAGGCGUCUCCCCCCUUGUGAUGGAACAUUGAUUACAUAUUUAUCCAGAUGCCCGACCGGUCAAGUAAAAGAAGAGAGAUUCCAGAGCUGACCAAAACCAGACCAUCAAGGAGGAGGUAGACAAAUUAAUGGAAGCAGGUUACAUUCGAGAGGUACAAUUUCCUAGUUGGCUAGCAAAUGUUGUCCUGGUCUCUAAACCAGGAAAUAAAUGGCGGUGGUGGACUCUACGACCGUCUGUGAAUAUAUCUGCAUGUUGGAUGCCUAUCAGGGUUAUCAUCAGAUCCCUUUAGCUAAGGAUGAUCAGGAGAAGGAUGGUAGACGUGUGCAUGGAAUUGAGAGAGAUUUGUCUGAACCUGACAGAAGGGCUGGUGAAAGUUUGCAUCCAGGAGGGUACCUAAAAUUGCUAGAGCUGGGCCUUGAAGACUGUGUUGAUGAAAUCGAUGCUCAACGAGUCAUUGGUUAUACCCUUUUCAAAGAUAGGAAAAGCACCAGGCUCGCAUACCCCUUGGAGAAACAUCAUGAAGAUGUUGCCGGGAGGAGCUUUCGUAAUGGGCGUUUCGUCCAAAGGAUGCGAGAGAAAGCAAUUUCCUUAAAUAAUGUUCAACUGGAGCAGGGAACAGUCACGUCCUUGAUUGAAGAAAAUGGAACAGUGGAGGGAGUAGUUUACAAGACUAAUUCUGGCGAAGAGCAGCGUGAAGCUUUUGCACCACUUACAAUUGUAUGUGACGGUGCCUUCUCAAAUUUGAGACGAACACUCUACUCUCCAAAGGUGGAUGUGCCUUCUUGCUGUGUGGGUAUGGUUCUUAAAAAUUGUUAGCUUCCAUUUUCCAACUACGGCCAUAUCAUCUUAGGAGAACCUUCAAUCAUUCUGUUUUACCCAAUAAGUAGCACUGAGGCUCGUUGUCUGGUCGAUGUGCCUGGAAACAAGAUACCGUCUAUUGCUACUGGUGAAAUGUCAAAUUUCCUGAAAACUGCUAUGGCUCCUCAGGUUCCGACUGAACUGCAUGAUCCUUUUAUUGAGGUCAUUGAUAAAGGAAGCUUUAGGUCUGUGCCAAACAAAAGUAUGUCGACCGCUCCACAUCCUACCCCCGGAGCACUCCUGUUAGGGGAUGCUUUUAAUAUGCGUCACCCACUUUCCGGAGGUGGAAUGAUGGUCGCCUUGUCCGAUAUUGUUGUGCUCCGUGACCUCCUGAGGCCCAUCCCUGAUCUCCAUCAUGCAGCUUCUCUUUGCAAAUACCUGGAAUCCUUCUACACCUUAAGAAAACCGAUGACUUUACGAUAAACACUUUGGCAGACGCCUUGUACAAGAUAUUUCGUGCCUCAUCUGACAGAGCUAGGAGCAAAAUGCGCCAAGCCUGUUUCGACUACCUGAGCAUUGUAGGUGUUUAUUCGAAUGGACUGAUCGGCUUACUCUCCGGCCUUAAUCCUCGUCCUAUGAGUUUGAUGGCUCACUUCCUUGCUAUUCUGAUCUAUGGGGUUGGUCAGCUGCUUUUGCCAUUUCCUUCGCUCGAGAAUUUGUGGAUUGGAGGCUUGGAGCUAGAUUGAUUUGUGUAAGUAAUAAACUUUGCAAAUCGAUCAGUGUAGCCACACUUAAUCUUCCUCUUUGAUUCCAGAAUGCAUCAGGUAUAAUUUCCCCUAUCAUAAGGGCGGAAGGAAUCAGGCAAAUGUUCUUCCCUGCAACUGUUCUUGCAUAUUACAGAGGUCCUCCAUCCAACUGAGAUGUGUUUACCUAUUUAGCCAAAUGUCAUAAUUUCUAGGAAGUUCGAUCUACUCUGACGAGUUAAAGAGUCAGAAGGUUAAUAAUUGUGCUCAAACUGAAAAUAUGUCUGUUGAGCUGAAUCUGGGGCUAUAUCUUUAAAAUAUCUUAAAGAGUUUUAAGAUUGUUAAAGACAUUCAGAAUUUUAGAA